AUGGAUAUAACUAUUAAUAUGCUGGGUGAGUCCCACAUUCUGACCGUGAACCCAGAGGACACAGUUGGCUCUCUGAAAAUAAAAAUCCAGGAGAAACUGGAAGUUGACCCUCAGACACAGAAACUGGAUUUUCUGAACGGUCAUCCCAACGACGACACCAAACCCAUCAGCUACUACGGCUUACAGCACGGCUCCCGGGUGUCCCUGCUGGUCACCGAGUCUCUUCCACAUGCUCCUACCCAAGUGUUCCUCAGAAAUGAAAAGGGACAGCUGAGCACCUACGACAUCCAACCCGGCGAGACUGUGAGCAACUUCAAGAACAGAGUCGAGAAAAGAGAGGGGGUGCCAGCGAGCCAGCAGAGGCUCAUUCAUGAAGGCCGACAGAUGCAGGAUGGCAAACUGGAGGACUACAGCGUCAGAAACCACAGCACCAUCUACAUGAUUUUGCGCCUGAGAGGAGGCUGAGGACACUUUAAAAU